AUGGCCCCAUACGAUGUCACAUCUUCCUACUGGGGGACCCCGGAUCAGCUGAGGGCGAUGCUUACUGAUCCUGACUGGGAGGGAAAGGUGGUCAACUUCGAGAAAGGUUGGAUUGAUACGUCCCGGGCUGAGUGUCAGAUCGGAUGGGAGAGUGUUUACUUGAAGGACGGAGAGAUCAUCAAUGUUGGAACCCUCAAGGAGUACCCAAACUAA